AAUCUGCCCGGAGCGUUUUGCAGUUCCAGGCCCCUAGAAGCAGAACCAGGCCCCUGAAGCAGAACGACCACCUCACUACCAUCGCACCGAAACCAGACGGAGACGCCAGAAGGGAUAAGAUGAUCAAGAAAGGAAAUGUCAUAGAUGACCUAAUCCCUAAUCAGCAUGAUCCAAGGCCCUGGGAUCCUUACCCUGAAUUUUCACCCUUUUAACACCCUGCUUGUAAAGCACGGUGGAGUUUGGGACUUUUGAGCAUUCGCUCCCGCUUCUGGGUGGCGCCACAGCAAUAAAUAGCCUUUCUUCGACUGCGGAAGCUCCGUGUCGGUUGUUAUUGGCUUGCCGCCCAUCGAGCGGACGAAAUGUCUGGUUUGGUUACAAAGGUUGCACUGGAUGUCCUUUAAGAUUGCUUCCAGCUCUAAAUUCCACAAUGCGGGGAUUUCACCCGACGCAUGCAGCCAGAUUAAUUCGGGUCGGGAGUAAAGUAGAUAAAUUAAGUCGUCCAACCAACAUACAUUUAUUACAGUUACGGAUUAUGUUUAUCUAUGUAAAUAAUAAACUAUUUUGGUGAACUCCCGCCUGUAAACGCCAACUUCCUCGGUUCAGCGAUUUUUUUCGAAGCUUCCCGGAGACCGGAGGCCGCAGAUCACGUGCCAGUCAGCGCCGGGGGUUGCUAUGGAACCCAACACGGUCCAAAUCGGAAGUGGUCCUUGAAAAUGACUUUCCCAGGAAACUUAUAUUGGAAAAAGAAUACCAUUCUAAUCCGCCUGUUCUUAAAAUCAAGCCCUAAGUAGAGAUACAAACGUUCACUCCCAGCACAGCAAACCCUGCCUCUCCUCCUGAGGGGAGAGCUUCUCCUCCCACAGCGGCAGCAGGGAGCGGAACCAAAAGGCGGAGGGCACGGGUUCCCCUGGGAGGUUUUCUGCGCGGCGAACCAGACCCCAUCCCCGCGGGGUUGCCGUGGAGACGGAGCCAGCGGUGUGGAUGCAGAGAGGCAGGCGCUAAGGCUGGGCCUUUUCUGUCCGUCUGGGGAAGAGGCUCACCGAACCAACUCCCAAGAUGAUGCUUUCAAGGGCCAAGCCUGCUGUAGGCGGGGACCUACCGCACGCUGACAAGAGAAAGAAGAAAGGUAGGAAGAUUCCAAAACUAGAGGAGCUACUUUCACAAAGAGAUUUCACUGGAGCUAUUACCCUAUUGGAGUUCAAACGGCAUGUUGGGGAACAAGAAGAGGACACUAAUUUGUGGAUUGGAUACUGUGCUUUUCACCUGGGUGACUACAAGAGAGCUUUGGAGGAAUAUGAAAGUGCAACAAAAGAGGAAAACUGCAAUCCUGAAGUCUGGGUGAACCUAGCCUGUACCUACUUUUUUCUUGGAAUGUAUAAACAAGCUGAAGCAGCUGGAUUUAAAGCUCCAAAAAGCCGACUUCAAAAUCGCCUCCUCUUCCACUUGGCUCAUAAGUUUAAUGAUGAGAAGAAGUUGAUGAACUUUCAUCAGAAUCUUCAGGAUAUCACAGAAGAUCAACUCAGUUUGGCCUCAAUCCACUAUAUGCGAUCUCACUACCAAGAAGCUAUUGAUAUUUAUAAGCGAAUACUGCUAGAUAACAGGGAAUACCUUGCCCUCAAUGUGUAUGUGGCCCUGUGUUACUACAAGCUGGAUUACUAUGAUGUGUCUCAAGAAGUUCUGGCAGUUUAUCUUCAGCAAAUCCCUGAAAGCACCAUCGCACUCAAUCUUAAGGCCUGUAAUCAUUUUCGCCUUUACAACGGCAAAGCAGCUGAGGCAGAACUCAAAAGCUUGAUGGACAACGCUUCUUCUUCCUUUGAAUUUGCUAAAGAACUCAUCAGGCACAAUCUGGUUGUUUUCCGAGGAGGUGAAGGGGCUUUGCAGGUUUUGCCUCCCCUGGUUGAUGUCAUUCCUGAAGCUCGGUUAAACUUAGUGAUUUACUACCUUCGUCAAGAUGAUGUUCAAGAAGCUUAUAACUUAAUUAAGGAUCUGGAACCUACUACUCCUCAGGAGUAUAUCCUCAAAGGAGUGGUCAAUGCAGCUCUUGGCCAGGAAAUGGGUUCGAGGGACCAUAUGAAAAUUGCCCAGCAGUUCUUCCAGCUGGUGGGAGGGUCAGCGAGUGAGUGUGAUACAAUACCCGGGAGGCAGUGUAUGGCUUCCUGUUUCUUUCUGCUUAAGCAAUUUGAUGAUGUCUUGAUUUACCUCAACUCAUUUAAGAGUUACUUCUACAAUGAUGACAUCUUUAACUUUAAUUAUGCCCAAGCCAAAGCUGCAACAGGCAAUACCAGCGAGGGUGAAGAGGUUUUCCUUUUAAUCCAAAGUGAGAAGAUGAAAAAUGACUACAUUUACCUCAGUUGGUUAGCUCGGUGCUAUAUAAUGAAUAAGAAACCAAGACUAGCCUGGGAACUGUAUCUCAAGAUGGAAACUUCUGGCGAGUCCUUUAGCCUCUUACAGCUCAUUGCUAAUGACUGCUACAAGAUGGGCCAGUUCUACUAUUCAGCCAAAGCUUUUGAUGUCUUAGAGAGGCUGGAUCCUAACCCUGAAUAUUGGGAAGGCAAGAGGGGAGCCUGUGUGGGCAUUUUCCAGAUGAUCUUAGCUGGACGAGAACCCAAAGAGACCCUUCGAGAAGUACUCCAUUUACUGAGAAGCACAGGGAACACCCAAGUGGAGUACAUCAUCCGAAUCAUGAAGAAAUGGGCCAAAGAAAACAGAGUGCCUAUCUAAAAUAGCUCCAGAGUCCUGGGGAACUGGUCACCGCUUUGCUGUAAAAUUGGAAAUUGAGGAGAAUUCCUCAAGUUUAAUGUAAGAUGCAGGGCUCUAUUUUUUGACAUUUCCUUCCUUGCUCUUUGAGCCUCAAGAUCAGUGACUUCGCUUAGACCUAGCCUCCUGGCUGAACUAAGCACCAUAGUCCGUGCUCCGGCCCCUGUGUGAUCCGACUAGCAAUAAGACUUUGGAUUUGUCUGGUGCCUUUCUUCCAAAAAUACUCAGAGAACUCUUAUGUAAUAACUGACUUUAAGGAGAAUGGCAUAAUUUUUUUUUAAUGUUAGCAUUCCAUGGCAUUUUCCCAUCGCUCCAAUAACAAAUGCCUUUAAUGCCCAAGAGCCACCGUCAUUCUUUCCUCUUCAUUUUAGUCAUCUGUACAUCAUCCCAUGUCACUGGGGCAUUCCAUAAAGAAUUUUGUAAUGCAUUUCUGAGUCUUAGGAGAGCAGAGGUUAGAAAUAGCAACAUAAUUCUAAGAGUGGCAGUAAGAUCCUUUAUCAAACUGUCCAGUCAUUAAUAGAUAAUGGACUUUGGGGAUUACUCUUUCAGUAGUUUUGAUGAUAAAUAACAUGUUAUUUUUCAUCAAAGAAACAGGAGUAUUACAGCUGUUUAAAAGGUGCAUACUAUGAAAAAAAUCUGUAUGGUACAUUUAAAGGUAUUCAGGAAAUAGUAUGCAAAUCUCAUUAGUCACUGCUCCAUUAUAUUUCAGGGAACAAAACAGGUUAAGGAUCUUUUUCAUAUGUUUUGCUGAAUCGACAUCAGUUUUGAAUGUAGGGCUACAAAGGCUAUAUGUAUGCAGUGGGGCCAUUUAUUAAUAUAAUGAUAAUAAACACGGGUUGUGCAGAGCCCUUUGAGGGACUUCCUAAUAGCUGGACUCUGUCCUACGUCCUAUUCCAGCCCCAGGUUUCUGAGUUCUUGCAACGUAAACCUAUCACUGAGUACUUUUAGACUCACAACUGAUUUUCAGAAAAUACACAUACAUGUUUUGAUGUAGCAGAUUACCUUUGUUUCUACACCAUGUAUUUUGUUUCUGUUAGCUUAAGGCACCCAGCGUUACAGGUGUAGAAAGUGCAGAGCCACCCCUCCCCGCAUGAGAACUGAAAGAGCGUCCUAACUCCUUGAAGCACUGCAGACAGCUUAGAGAAGUCCCAUAGGCACUGCGCCCGUUGUCCCCCGCACCCCCAGCACGGCGGUGGCUGAGGGAGUCCUAGAAAAUGGAGCCGGGAACGCGGCAGGAGAAGACCAGCGACUGCAGGUAGCCUUUGCCAUCUGGACACUUGCAAGGGGUUCUUUCAGUUCCUGUCUUUGAUCUUAGACCCAGAUCUAAUCAGUUCGGAGCACAAGUCAAACUAAAGUGGCCCAAAUAACUGCAUUUUAGAAAACAAAAUUUUAACAUUUUCAUAUGCCAAAGCUUCUGUGUUCUCAUGUUGUCGUUCGUCCUUUUUCAGUAGUUGGUUCUCAGCAUCUAAGGUGGAUCAGAUCUGGGCAGAACCCAAUAUUAUUUUUAGAAUUACCUUGUGAUUCUUACUUAAGCUCACUUGAAACAUGAGGCAACAUAAUAGUGGGAAAAGAUGGAACUCCUCAAUGGCUUUUGGCAAUGGAAUUUGUCUUCCGGUUAAUUUCCAUUAUCGUCAGAUCUCCUGUACUCGGUAAGCUUUUCCACUGGUGGUGAUUUACUUCUAAAUGAGCUUUUGUUGAAUUUAAUGCUCUAGCUUGUCCCUGUCAUUUUCCUGUUUUGGGGGGAAAGCUGAUACUCCAAAAAUAGCAAUUCCUGGAAUUUUAAACUAGUUUUUUAAAAAAGUUUUUAAUCUAUAGAAUUGAGCCAAAAAAGCAUAAAGGCUAGUUUUAGAGAGAUAUCAUCCAAUUGUUAUUAAGGAUCCUUCUGGAAUGUCUUGGCGGGGUCUCAGGAUUGCAGAGUCCUGUUGCAUGGCUGCUUUUCUUACAUGUGAUUGAUGAUACAGGAGAGAAGAAGGUGCAGGCUUAGGAAUGUGGUGUCAUGUGUACAGUUCAGACCGUCGAUGCACUAUUUCUAGUUGGUAGCAAAUAUUACUUGCAAAUGGAAAACAUUUUUAACUAUUUUUGUACUUCAAAAGAAUGAUGAUAUUCUACUGUAAUAUAUUCAAAUUAAAGUUUGUUAUUUGGUCUUAC